CUGCUCUUAAUUUUUUUUCAUUUCUUCCUUUCGUCCUUUGCAACGCGGUGGUGAGGAGCUCGUCCAGCAGAGAUAAAAGGCAUCGAAUCAGUCAAGCAGUCUGUCUGCCUUCUCUAGGAUCUCCAUGCAGAUGGUGUUUUUUUUACUGAACGUCAACUCAAUCCCUUUCAGCUGAUCUGAUAGAGUUACCUCACAAACUGAAAUAUUGUCACAAGGCCCACGCGUAACUGUUUGUUAACUAACAGCGGAAGAGAUAUUCUGCUUCCUGUCCUGUAAUUAUGGCGACCACAACGGACACAAGAUCCAUUGGGAUCAUCGGCAUGGGCGACAUGGGAAAGAUGUAUGCUCAGCGGCUGAGUCAAGCCGGUUGGAGGUAAAUAUACCACCAUCCUUGGACAAAACUUUCUUUUUGCAGUGUUCUGCCUUGGCUAUUCAGUAUAUGCUCUCAUUUACGAACAUAUAUCACCAAUCUACGUUGAUCGGACCCAUGGCUGACAAAAGAUGUAGAGUCAAUGCCUGCGAUAGGCCUGCAAACUAUGAUGCGUUAAAGCAGGAGUUCGCAUCUGAUGUAUGUGGAUUACUAUAAAUCACCCUCGGAAUCAGGGCUUAUUUUAUGGAUUUUUUAAAGCAAAAUAUCAAUGUACUCCCGAAUGGGCACUUAGUCUCCAGAAUUAGCGACUACAUUAUCUACAGCGUAGAGGCGGAAGCCAUUGACAAGAUCGUCGCGGAGUACGGACCAUCAACCAAGGUCGGCGCCAUCGUGGGUGGCCAGACAUCUUGCAAGGCCCCUGAGCUUGCUGCGUUUGAUAAAUACCUGCCCAGCGACGUAGAAAUCAUCUCAUGCCAUUCCCUCCAUGGCCCCAAUGUCAACCCCAAAGGUCACCCUCUGGUCUUGAUCCAGCAUAGAGCGUCAGACGAGAGCUUAAGAUUCGUUGAGAGCAUCUUCUCCUCCUUCCAGUCCAAAUAUGUCUAUCUCAGCGGCGAAAUGCACGAUCGGAUCACAGCAGAUACCCAGGCGGUGACGCACGCCGCUUUCCUUAGCAUGGGCACGGCAUGGCACGCGAACAGCCAGUUCCCCUGGGAAGUACCCCGUUACGUGGGCGGCAUCGAGAACGUGAAAAUCAACAUAACACUUCGCAUAUAUGCGAACAAGUGGCACGUCUAUGCGGGAUUGGCCAUACUCAAUCCAGCUGCGAAGAAGCAAAUCCGUCAGUACGCGCAGUCAGUGACAGAACUGUUCAAGCUGAUGCUGGGCGGGCACCGAGAGGAACUUAAAACUAGAGUGAAGACGGCCGGAGCGGCGGUGUUUAAGUCUGGUACGACGCAGCAUGAUCUUCUGUUGCGGGAUGAUGUACUUGAUCGGUUCUCGCUGUCCAAGGGAAAUUCAGGAAGGAUGCCUAAUAACCACUUGAGCUUGCUGGCCAUUGUAGAUUGCUGGUGGAAGUUGGGGAUUGUUCCGUACGACCAUAUGAUCUGCUCGACACCUCUCUUCCGACUAUGGCUUGGAGUGACGGAAUACCUUUUCAGAAAUGAAGACCUCCUCGAUGAGGUCCUGGACAUCGCUAUUGAUGACAACACGUUCCGCUCCGAUGACCUUGAGUUCACAUUUGCUGCACGGGCCUGGUCCGAAUGUGUCUCGUUUGGCAACUUCGCUUCAUACCGCGAUCGCUUCGAGAAGAUUCAAUCGUACUUCUCCCCCCGUUUCCCAGAAGCAGUCAGACUAGGUAAUGAGAUGAUGAAGACUAUUUUGGAGAAAACAGCCGCUACAGACAGCAGCACUCCAACGGCUAGUCCCACGACUCCCGCCUAAAAGAGAUGAGAUGAGAUGAGAUUAUGACAUGAUUAUACAAGGAGCCGGACGGUUCGACCUUGAGCACUUUUGAUAGAGGAAAUGCGAAUGUGAUAGAAGAUAAAAUGCAGUGAGCGAUGUCCCGCUCUACCGUCGUGCCGUUCUCCGGGUUGGGGGUUGAGUGAUGGAGUUGUUUUUUUAUAUUUUGAUCUAUUAUGCGUUUUCUUCCAAAGACUAUUAUCGUCAUUGACGAAUCGUUCUGGGUUUUUCGGGCUCUGCAUCAAGUUGGUUUCGCUUUUUGCAAAGAUUUUUUUUUUUUCCGGGAAACUUCUUAAGCACCUCUCUUUUAGUGAAGAAGGGUUUCAUAUUAGUACUCCAUGAAACGCAGCGGAUUAAUGCAUUAACUAUCAAUAGCACAGCGAAUUGGAUCUCGUUCGAAUUUUUGCAUCACCAGUACCUAUAGUCCACGCUUCAUAUCACCCCUUGUCUCACGGUUUAGUAGAAGUUUUGUGUAACAACUACCUUCCAAAAGAACCAGGGGGAGUUUGCUCAUACAAAGGCAAUUUCCUCAUAUUUAACCGAUACUCUUUCGGUAGCAGGAUGAUAUUCUUCUCAUAGCCCAUUACUUUUCAUUGGGGGUAAGGUAAACAAUGUACCCUUUCUUAACAUAUAGUUCGGCCAUGGUGUAAGUAACUACCCAACAAGAGCCCCUCCCCUGCACAUAACAUUUUCAUCUCGUGCCUCACCCGCUCGAAACCCGAAACCCUCAAACCCUCAUUCAUGUCUGGGACGCCCUGCUUGUAUACGGAGUACAUUGCUUGGUGUUGAAACAUCAACCCACACCAUGAAAAACCCCAGCAGUUAAGGCUGUAUGUACAUGUACAUGUACAUGUACCCCAGACAAUUUAACGCCUGUUCCCACCCCCGCAAAACACUCCGUUGCCCCGCGAACCCUGCCAAACACAAGGCGAUAUGGAUGAGCAUUUCCUUGCUCGCCGAGAUGAACGUUUUACUGGGGGUACAUAUAGAAAGUGUCACGGUUGUACUGUUGGUUUGCAAGCGCCCUUUUUUUCCCCGCACAACUUCCCAGAUAUAUCACUUGGAACGAGCAGGGACUCGCAAACCUGGAAAGAACCCCCGGCUGCAGGAACCGGCGGAUUUCGACAAUCACGUCAUUAUAGGUGCCGGAGAAUACAUGCAAUGGUAGAAGUGAGUAAGCCAGUCACAAGCGUUAUUGCUGUUGGAUAUAAUACUGCGUACACUUCUGGUUGCUUGCUCAGUUCCUAAAUACGGCCUUCUGUCAGGUUCAAACUGAUUCCUUUCUCUUUCUCUGCUCAUCAUACUUCCUUUCCAUAUA